GCGUCGCAGCGACUCCGCUUCCAAGUUUCCUUAAUUUUAAGCUCACCCAAAGCCACUCACCCAAAUAGCUAGCCCAGCUCAUAAUAUAGUACAUCCACAAUAUUAAUUAAGAAGAGCUGCCCUUCUCCCUUCCUCCAUACACUACUACUCUUCUCUCUCUUUCUCUAGAUCUUCGGCCUUUCCUCCUCCUCCUCCUCCUCCUCCUCCUCCUUAUGCUUCAUUCUCUUAUUAAAGGACGGGAGAGGAGGGGAAGAGAUUAAUUUUCGUUUCCCUUUUUUUUUUUUUUUUUUCCUUCUCCUGAUCUUCUUAUUUCAGCUUGGAGCCUAAUUAAGCAACGCGCUAGCUAGCUCUUUCUCGUACAUCUAUAAAUAAUUCGAUCGCGCGCAUAGAUAACAAAUUAAUUAAGGAGGAGAUAAUUAAGAGCUAGCUAGCUAGGGAUAUACAUAUAUUAAUAUAUAAAUAUCACGUACGACCGGAUGGGGAGGGGGAGGGUGGAGCUGAAGCGGAUUGAGAACAAGAUAAGCCGGCAGGUGACGUUCGCGAAGCGGAGGAACGGAUUGCUGAAGAAGGCGUACGAGCUCUCCGUGCUCUGCGAUGCCGAGGUCGCCCUCAUCAUCUUCUCCAACCGCGGCAGGCUCUUCGAGUUCUGCAGCAGCUCCAGCAUACUUAAGACUCUUGAAAGGUAUCAAAGACACACUUAUGCAGCAUCAAAGGCUGCCGUCCCAGCCACUGAGACACAGAGCAAUUAUCAGGAAUAUCUGAAACUAAAGAUGCGAGUUGAGAUUCUCCAGCAGUCACAAAGAAAUCUUCUUGGUGAGGAUUUGAUUCCACUGAGUUCGAAUGAACUCGAGCAUCUUGAAAAUCAAUUAGAGAAGUCCUUAAAGCAGAUCAGAUCAAGAAAGACACAAGUAAUGCUUGAUGAGCUAUCUGAUCUUAAAACAAAGGAACAAAUGUUGCAAGAAGCAAACAGAUCUUUGAAAAGGGAGUUGCAGGAAGCUGAUUUACAAGAUCCCCUCCUACUAUCCUGGGAAAAUGGCACCGGUGGUGCAUCUAAUGUAGCCUGCAAUCAAAGGCCUUCACAGUCGUCCCAGGGAUUCUUUCACCCCAUACCUUUUGAACCUUCGCUUCAAAUUGGGUACUAUCCCAUGUAUACUAAUCAGUUGAAUGCAGCUGAUGCAACAACAGGUGAGAACGUCUAUCCUCCUGGAUGGAUAGGAUGAAGCCUUACGCUUCAUUUCCACCAAACUCUUGUUUGUCUUAUAUCCUCCUCGACUACUGUAUUGUAUUUUAUAUUUGCUUUUAAGCAUGCACGAGAAAACUCAUGAAGAAGAAUAAAACACUCCUACAGCUAUAGAAUGGUAUAUGGAUCGAAAUGGAGCUUGAUUUUAUGUUGUGGCUAUUAAUUAAGAGUUGGAGGCAAUAUCUUGCUGAAAAAAAACAAAUAAUUAUUUCACCCUGGUCAGUAAGAUUCAGGCCUUUUGUGUAAGAUAUAUGAUGCAUAUUCUAAAUUUUCAGACUGAGCUUUAUAUAUAGUUGUUAGUUCGUACAUCAA